UUUAUACUCAGGGUUUAGGCAGUGAUUGAUGGCGUGUGCUGCCGCUGGCGCGAUAGGGCUUGGAAAUCUAGGCGCUCGUCCACGGAUCUACUCCGGCGCCUCCAGCGAUGGCAUUUUCAAGCUCGCGGCUUGGAAUACUCUGGCCUGGUCUCGAUCUUCCUCAAUCCUGGGUGCUGCCGUGAGCUUCUCGAGCCGAUCGGUCAGCUCUCGCCGAAGAUUAUCGCGAGUAGUGCUCGUGGAGGCCAGCGAUCAAUCGACUGGGUUGUCAGAUGGAAUCAUCUGCCUUGUGAUUGGAGGCGGUGGUAGAGAGCACGCGCUUUGCUACGGCCUCCAGCGAGCUGCGAGCUGCGAUGGUGUGUUUUGCGCGCCAGGGAAUAUUGGGAUCUCCAUCGCGGGGGAUGCUACUUGCAUUGCCGAUCUCGACGUAAGCGAUAGUGUUGCAGUGAUCUCGUUUUGUAAGCGGUGGGAAGUUGGCUUGGUUGUCGUCGGUCCUGAGGCUCCGCUCGUCGCGGGGCUUGUCGAUGAUCUCGUCGAGGCUGGGAUUCCAGCUUUUGGCCCUUCAGCCUCCGCCGCAGCGCUAGAAGGCUCCAAGUCUUUCAUGAAGGACUUCUGCGACAAGUACAAAAUCCCCACAGCCAAGUACCGGAGCUUCACAGAUCCAUCGGCCGCGAAGCACUACAUCUCCGAGCAAGGAGUUCCAAUAGUUGUCAAGGCUGACGGGCUUGCUGCCGGGAAAGGUGUGACCGUCGCCAUGAGCUUGGAAGAGGCUUACGAGGCUGUGGAUACAAUGCUCGUCCAGGGAGCUUUGGGCUCCGCUGGCGGAAAAAUCGUCGUGGAAGAGUUUCUUGACGGCGAGGAGGCUUCGUUCUUUGCAAUCGUGGACGGUCACACGGCUCUUCCACUGGCUUCCGCUCAAGAUCACAAGCGUGUUGGCGACGGUGACAUUGGUCCUAACACGGGUGGCAUGGGAGCAUACUCGCCGGCGCCUAUGGUCGACUCGCGCCUCGAGUCCUUGGUGAUGGAUACUAUAAUCCUCCCUACAGUCAAAGGCAUGGCCGAAGAAGGUUGCAAGUACGUUGGAAUACUAUAUGCCGGGUUGAUGAUCGACAAAAAGACUGGAAUUCCCAAGCUCCUGGAGUACAAUGUUCGUUUCGGGGAUCCCGAGUGCCAGGUGCUGAUGAUGAGGUUCGAGUCAGAUCUGGCAAAACUGCUUUUAGCUGCAUGCAAGGGUGAACUCAAGGACAUCGAAGGCUUGAAAUGGACAAAAGAUCCUGCAUUGGUAGUGGUUCUAGCGAGCAGUGGAUACCCAGGAAACUAUAAGAAAGGGACUUUGAUCAAGAAUCUAGACGAGGCGGAAGCAGCGGUCAGGGGCGUAAAGGUAUUCCACGCAGGAACAGACGUAGACUCGGAUGGGCAUAUAGUGGCCGUGGGUGGCAGAGUAUUGGGUGUCACAGCACUGGGAAAGGAUAUAGCCGAGGCACAGAACAGAGCUUAUCAAGCCGUGGACGUGGUUUCUUGGCCAGAUGGUUUUUGCCGUCGGGAUAUCGGCUGGAGGGCUGUAGCACGGCUUGCUGAAGCCAGGCAUCGGCACAGAUAAAGAGCGAGCGAUCCGGGCACAGGGAAGCGAAAAAGAAUAAGAAAGGAGGAAGAAGGCUGUUUGGAACUUUAACUGAAAUAUGAAUUAACUGGCGGUUAUAGCUCGCUCAA